GGCAAAGUCGCAAGAACCCCAAGUCGUAUUCCGUUCCAUACGGUCGGCUAUUUUCUUCUUGUGUAGGACAUUCCCAGUAAAACAAAGAAAAAGCAGCUAUGGGGAGAGGAAAGUUCAAGGCCAAGCCCACCGGUCGACGCCAAUUCUCCACUCAUGAGGAGAUCCUUGCUGGUACUUCUACUCGUCCUCGAACUUUUAAACGGCAUGAAGCUGAAGCGGAGGAAAAUGAGAUACCCGAAUCUGAAGAGGAAUCUGAGGAAUCUGAGGGUGAAACAGAAAAGCAGAAGGGUACUCAGGGUAUUAUUCAGAUUGAAAAUCCUAAUCUGGUCAAGCCCAAGAAUCUGAAAGCCAAAAAUGUGGAUAUCGAUAAAACCACUGAACUUUCAAGACGUGAGAGGGAAGAGAUAGAGAAACAGAAAGCUCAUGAACGGUACAUGAAGCUCCAAGAACAAGGGAAAACAGAACAGUCAAGGAAAGAUUUAGACCGUUUGGCCCUGAUAAGGCAACAAAGAGAAGAUGCUGCAAAAAAGCGAGAAGAGGAGAAGGCUGCUAAAGAACAGAAGAAGUUGGAAGGUCGGAAAUGAGUUCUGAUGGACGCUCUCUGAAUGAAGUUGAAUUAUAUUUUCUACAGAUAAAGUACAUCACUUAAUGUGCCUACUAUUGGCAUGUGCAAAUUUCUUUUUAUGCCCUAGACUAGAUGGUUCUUGGUGGAGGGGCUGGGUUCAACAUUCCAUUACUUCUAUUUAUGCCUGGAUUUGACCAAUUCAGCAUGUGCUUUACAUCUUAAGUUUCUUAACCUUUAUAUGUUCUGUGUGGGUUUUGACCAUUGAUAUAGCCUGUCAUCUCUAUAUGACUACACUUAUGGGGUCAUGAUGCAUGGAGUAAGAGGAAAAACAACACAUAAAUAAUGCACCACAUUACACAUUUUGUACGCUUAGGUAAAGUCGGGUUAGAAACAAUCAUUUUCAAAAUUCCAUCACAGUUGAUUUAAACUCUUUACACAGAUAAUAAUUAAUGUCUGUUACCUUCAUUGCUAUGUGUGUUCACAAUGUUUCUUUCCAUGCUACUAUGCUAGUAUGUGUACCUUGCACACAUAAGUACAGAGUAUGUUUUUGUGCACGUGAUUAUGUGAAUCAAUGUUUGUGCUGAAUAUUUGUUUGUAACAGUUGAUUUUUCCUACACAUUAAUAAAUUCUGUGUGAAGGAUUGUGGAUUGUAUAAAGUGAAAAGUAUAUACACUAAAGGCCCG